AUGGAUGCUCUUAAAAAUUGCAGUAGGAUGAGCCACAAGAACAUCGAAAAAAAUAAAUCGGACACGCUUAGACUGAAGAAAAAAAACUGCGUCCUUAUAACCAGCUUUAUUUUUUACAUUUUUUUUUUAUCCACCGUAAAUAGUUUUGAUAAGUAUUUGCACCUAAGAACGUCACGCUUCAUUUUGACCUAUUCCAACUUCCUGUACUUGGUAUCUUUCUUCUCGUUAAACAACCAGGUCGAAUUGCUCAUAGGACCGCAGAAUGGCAUUCUCCCUGUAAACAAUUUUCUCAGGGAGGUUAGGAAAAAACUCCGAAGCAUCGACUUUUUCCUCGUGCACUAUAUGGUCCGCUGUGUGUACCAGUUCUGGAAGUUCGUGAUCAGGCGGCGGAUAAGGGUGAAGACAUUUUGCAAAGUCGGGGUGUUCCUAUCGAUUGCCAACUUUUUAAUUCAAGACAAUGUCCAAAAUGAUUUCGUCAGGAUAACCUUUUCUUCUUUUUUUUUUGUGUCCUUAUUCAUUUUGCACAUGUGCUUCAAAAUUGGGAUGCGGGAUUUUAUGGUUUUCCAAUGCGAUUUGCUUAUGAACGAAUUGGGUUUUCUCCUAAUAUUUCUAUGCUUAUCCGAUAGCCACCAUUUGAGGAACUCCAACACGUUGGUGAUAUGUGCCCUGCGACUAGUGGCGUUUAAAAUUUUGUUCGGCUCAGCCGUGCACAAGCUUGUUAACAACAGCCCCCAGUGGCUGAACCUGGAGGCCUGCCAAAAUUUAUUUAUUUGUCAACCAGCCCCCUCGAUACUUUCGCAUAUCGCCAAUUGCACAUUUAACAAAAGGAUAAUUUGUUUUCUUGUCUUAACAUCAGAGCUUCUACUCUCCUGGUUCAUAUUUUGUUCCUCAAAUUUGAGGCUGAUUUUUUUUACUAUCUUUGUGACAAUUCACAUAACGUGCUAUAUCAUCUGCAAUUAUAUAUUUUUUUCGUACUUGUGUCUAAUUUUAUUUUUGUCCUGCCUUGACGAUUCGAUUUUAAAUUUUUUUUUCCAUCCGAGGGAGAUCCCCGUCCUGCACGAAAACGGAGUGCCCAUCAACACUGUGACCUUCUUGCUCAUCGGUUGCAUAAACCUCAUCAUUCUUCUCUUCUAUGCAUUAAUCGUCCUUAUAAAUCUGGUUCCCUUCGUCGAACAAUGGAACCUUGACGAUUUAAAAUGCUUUCACCUUUGCUACCACCUUUUUUAUGAACUGUGCCCUCUUAACAUUUGCAAUUCGUAUGCCAUGCUAACAUGCACACAUACACACAGAAAAGAAAUAAUUAUAGAGGAACUGCACAAAAUUGGAAAGAAGUACCAAUGGAAGUCCUUCAACUUUUGUUAUAAGGCCGGCGACUUGAAUGAAAUAGGCCCCAUCCUGUGGUGGGGACACGUUCCCAGGCUGGAGUGGAAGUUUUAUUUUUUCGCUGACCAUAUCAGAAAUGAGAAAUAUGAGGAGGGAAGAUACCCAGUUUAUGUUUGCUCCUUUUUGAAGAAGCUGUGCAGCCGGGAGGGGCAAUUGGUGUCCUUCUUCCAGGGAGAGCAAAUGAGACGAGUGCCUUACUUACUCAGGUUGACAUCUUACGACUACAAAAUGUCCAUGGCAGAGAGGAAGGAACAUGGAGAACCCACGGUGCACUCCAAUUUGGAGAUUCCUUCCGAAAAAUCCAAGCAAAAGGAACCCAAAUGGGAAUUCGGGAAGUACUGGCUGCGGAGAAAAGUUCGGGUUAUCAAGACGUUGAGGCACCGGGGGGAGUUAAGAAACUGA